CGGGCUGCCAGUCCUCCGCGGCGCGAGCCUCCGGGUCCAGCUCGCUCUUCUUGGGCGCGUCCGGGCCGUCCUCUCGCCGCCUUCCCGCUCCGCCCGCAGCUAGACGAUCCCCGACCCCCUUCUUCAUGGCGUCGCUUCUGUGCUGUGGGCCCAAGCUGGCCGCCUGCGGCAUCGUCCUCAGCGCCUGGGGGGUGAUCAUGUUGAUCAUGCUCGGAAUCUUUUUCAAUGUCCAUUCGGCCGUGCUGAUCGAGGACGUCCCUUUCACCGAGAAAGAUUUUGAGAAGGACCCCCAGAAGAUAUAUGACCUGUACGAGCGAGUCAGCUACAACUGCUUCAUCGCCGCGGGCCUCUACCUCCUGCUCGGAGGCUUCUCUUUCUGCCAAGUCCGGCUCAACAAGCGCAAGGAGUACAUGGUGCGCUAGCGCUUCCCCGGCCCCCCGUUCGCCCCCAUCUAUUUAAAGACUCUCUCCAGGGGCUCGUGCCCCCGCCUCCGCCCCCAUGCCGGCGCCCCCGGCGGGACUGAAGCCCUCACUGGCCGGCGUCCGGGCCCCGCGCGGGGAGGCUGGGGUCGGCCGUCCCCGGUCCCUCCACAAUAAAGCGGAACUGUCCUGCUGA